ACCUGACCCUACCCUACCCUACCCUACCCUAUGCUCUGCAUCACUAAGUGGAGACAUCACCCAGGCCUGUCUGAGGCCAAGGUUAGGCUUUGUUCUCUCUCAAAGAUGACCCCAUGUCCUUCAGGAAAUCUAUUAAAUAUAUAUAUACGUAUAUAUCUAUCAGGCCAACCUUAAACUUGGAGCAGUCUCCUGUUGUGCACAACUACAAAGUGAAUAUCGAGUUGACCCGCAGCACUGUAAUUUAGCAGGGGUAUUCAUCCCAUAGCACCAGCUUGAGUUGCAGAGCAGUCUGUGCUCCUGAUAAAGGGCUCUGAUAUUGGGAUGUAAUUGCUUUUCUAAUAUCCAUGUAUUAUUUACACUAUGCUACUGUUGCAACCAGUAGCAAACUCCGUCUGACUCCAGACCUGUUGUUAUUGUAAUGUAUUUACUGGAGCAAUGCAGGGUCAGACUGAUUUCAGUUAUUUGGCUGUAAAUGACCCAACUGAAACCAAUAGUUUCAGUGCUGUAGAACCAGUGAAAGCGAGAUCCAAAUCAGGACUUGGAGUGUUAAUUUACUUUAUUGCCAUAUCCUGACAGAUGGUUAUUAAGUACUUUAAGUAUUAAUGCUGCUGCUUUAUUUAUAACACAGAGAUAUGUCUUACUGGUUUCUUAGGUAUUUCUACAGGAAAAGGUCUUCAAGAGGAAACCGAGGAGGACAGGCAAACAAAAGAUGAUUGGGUCCGUGGUGAAUGAGGCACCAUCAGACUACAGAGUUCGAUUUUAAGCCUUAAAGGUAGCUCUUCCAAGGACACUGCAUGAGAUAUUGCUUGCUCAGUUUUCCACUUGGCAGGCAGUGAUGGCCAGGUCUUCAUGAAGUUAAAUCCAUAAUUUUUUAUGCAGUAUUUUAAUUUCAGCAAAAUCUUUUCCUUUCCUAGUGCAUCUGAGAAGUUGUCACCUGAGGAAGACCUGCAGAUGGCGUUUUCAAGCCAAGGUAUCUGGAUCAGAUUUUCCUAAGCCUUCUGCUCUAACCUGAUCCUGUUCUUUUUGCAAAGCAGUGAAGUGGCCUCUGGUCCUGUGCAGGUGAAGCUGCCCAUCACACACAGCUCCCCCCAGUUAGAAAACACUUGGGACAGAGGUAAAAAAUCUGUGCUCCAAUAGAGAAAAGUGAGCAAAUCUAUCAAGAAAAGCAAAGCAAUGCCUUGAAGUUUGCUUAACUCCAGUAGUCAGGAUGUUCUUAGUUAUGUACAAUUGAUUCCACCAGAAGGAACUGACCUGUGCCUUGAGAAUAGGCUCUUACACUGCUGUGUAUGGAUGUUAGAGGUGGAGUUUUUUUCCUAUCUCAUACAGAAAGAUAAGAUGGAUACAGUUCAUAGCAUAUGAAGAAACUCAGACUGAUCUGAAUGGGAGAAACAAAAUCACGGAUGUGCCCUCUGGUGGCACAGAAACUGGUUAAGGUGCAAUUAAUACAGCUAGUUAUUCCUCAUUGUUUUUCCUCCUUUUCCAUCUUCCCUCCAUCUCUCAGAGGUUGAUAGGUUCCUUCUGUCUUCAUAUUUUUUUAAAGCCCUCAUUAACUGUGAAAGGGCUCUCGGCUGACUGCCCUUGGUACAUAAAUACAGGGGUGAGAGCUGCUGCCCUGCCUCGCCUCCUGGCUACCUCAGGCAGUUCCUCUGCUGGGACAUCUGCAGACUUGGGAAGGAAGAGCAUCACACGAGCAGCUGCCAUGAGGCGUGGAGAGAAACUCCGGUCUGCUGGUGGGUGUGCUGUUUAUGAGGUGGUGACAGUGACAGGAGACGUCCGGGGAGCUGGAACUGAUGCCAAUGUGUUUGUUACUCUCUUUGGAGAGUUUGGGAUCACUCCCAAGACUCAUCUCACGAGCAAGAGCAGCACUGCCUUUGAGAGGAGCAAAACAGAUGUGUUCCGAGUGAAAACCAACAAUGUUGGACAAAUAAAGAAAAUAAGGAUUGAGCACGAUAACACCGGACUGAAUGCAGGCUGGUUCCUGGAUCGUGUCAUUGUGACUGACAUGAACAGACCUCACCUCCGGUUUUACUUCCCCUGCAACAACUGGCUGAGCAAGGAGGAUGGGGACGGGCUGUACGUCAGGGACCUCAUUGGCAGCCUGAAUCCUAUGGAUGUGCCCAAAAUCAACAAAUACGUGGUCCGAGUUUUCACGGGCGAAGUCAGCGGCAGCGGAACAGAUGCAGAUGUCUUCAUUAAUAUCUUCGGAGAGAAAGGAGACACAGGAGUGAGGAAACUGGACAACGACAAAGACAACUUUGAAAAGGGAGCAGAGGACAAGUUCACGCUUGAUGCUCCGAAUUUGGGCAGGUUAAGAAAAAUUAAUAUCGGUCACAAUAACAAGGGUGGCUCUGCUGGCUGGUUUCUUGCAAAGGUGAUCAUUGAAGACAUUGGCAAUAAAUGUGUGUACCAGUUCCCAGUUGGACGCUGGUUUGCUUUGGAUGAAGAUGAUGGCAAAAUCCAGAGGGACAUUCUUGUUGGAGGCACCGAAGCCACAGGUAUUGUGUACAAUGUUGCCGUAGUGACGGGAGAUAUCAGAGGAGCUGGCACAAACUCCAAGAUCCAUGUAAUCCUGCAUGGCUCCAAAGGCUUGAAGAACAGCGGGACGAUUUUCCUGGAAGGAGGUGAAUUUGAGCGCGCCAGGACAGAUCUCUUUAACGUGGAGAUAGCAUCUCUUCUCAGUCCUCUCAGCAGGGUCACCAUUGGGCACGAUAAUUGUGGCGUCAGCUCUGGCUGGUAUUGUGAGAAGGUGGUGGUUUACUGCCCAUUCACUGGUAUUGAACAGACCUUCCCAUGUGGGAAAUGGCUGGAUGAAGAUGAAGGAGAUGGCCUCAUAGAGAGGGAGCUCUAUGAAAUGGUCUCCCUGCGACAGAGAAGACUCAAAAAAAAUCCCUGGUCUCUCUGGAUCUGGACGAGUGACAUUAAGAAUGCAGGGACAGAUGCCACCAUCUUUUUCCAGAUUUAUGGAGACAAAGGAAAGUCAGAUGAGAUGAAGUUGGACAACAAUUCAGACAACUUUGAAGCUGGACAAACCGACAAAUUCAUGAUUGAGCUCCCUGAUCUGGGCACGUUUUAUAAGCUUCGGAUAUGGCAUGAGAAAAGAAAUCCUUUUGCUGGCUGGCACCUGGAUAAGGUAACUCUGCUGAAAACACUGACAAAAGACAAAUAUUCAUUCAACUGCGGUCGCUGGCUAGAUAUAAAUGAAGAUGACAACGAGAUUGUGCGGGAGCUCCCUGCAGAGGGGUCUCUGGUGACUGAAGUCAUGCCAGUGAUAAAAUACCGAGUGACAGUUUGCACGGGGAUGGUAAGUGGCAGCGGCACAGAUGCCAACGUCUUUGUCUGCCUCAUCGGCGACCAGGGGGACACAGGAGACCGCGUCCUCUACAAAUGCAUAAACAAUGUCAAUAAGUUUGAAAAAGGCAACGCUGAUGAAUUCUUCGUUGAAGCAGUAACACUGAAGCAGGUGAGGAGGGUGAGGAUAGGGCAUGAUGGCAAAGGAGGAAGCAGUGGCUGGUACCUUGCCAAAGUGAUAGUGAGGGAAGAAGGACAGCCAGAAAGCGAGGCUGUGGAAUUCCCCUGCUACAGAUGGCUUGACAAAAAUGAGGAUGAUGGUCAGAUUGUCCGAGAAUUAGUGCCUGCUGGAGAGUCACCGUUGCUAAAAAAUGUCAGUUAUCACAUCAGUGUGAAGACGGGAGAUAUCCCCGGGGCCAGCUCAGACUCCAAAGUUUUCAUCAAACUCUAUGGUGAAAAAGCUGACACCAGCAAGGAGACUCUCUUGGUCUCUGACAACGACCUAGGCAAUUAUUUUGAACGUGGCCGAGUGGAUGAGUUUACUAUAGAUACAAUGGAUAUUGGGAAGAUCAAUCGGAUACUAAUUGGACAUGAUAAUGUGGGUCUCCGGUCUGGAUGGUUCCUGGCCAGUGUCCAGAUCACAGUUCCAGUCCAGGGAAGGCAGUACAUGUUCCCCUGCAACCGAUGGCUUGACAAAGACGAGGCUGAUGGCAGGGUGGAGGUGGAGGUCUACCCAAGUGAGAUUUUGCCCAUUGAGAAAUUGAUAAACUAUGAAGUGUCUGUAGUUACUGGAGACGUGCGAGCCGCAGGCACCAACGCCAAAGUCUUCAUGCAGAUUUAUGGUGAGACUGGCAAAACUGAAUUGAUCAUCUUGGAAAACAGAUCGAACAACUUCGAACGGGGAGCCACGGACAUCUUCAAGGUAGAGGCUGCAGAUGUUGGCAAGAUUUAUAAGAUUCGGAUAGGCCAUGAUGGGAAAGGCAUUGGGGAUGGCUGGUUUCUGGAAAGUGUCACACUGAAGCGCCUUGCCACGAAGAUGGAUGAGUCUGAUAAAAAAAAGAAGAAGAAAAAGAAAAAGUCUGAGGAGGAGGAGGAAGAAGAGGAGACAAAGGUGGAAGAAGUAAUGGAUGUCUAUACCUUUGUGGCACACCGCUGGCUAGCUAAAGAUGAAGGAGACAAGGAGCUUGUGGUUGAACUGGUGCCUGAUGGAGAAUCUGAACUGGAGGAGAAUACAUACGAAGUCCACGUUCUCACUGGCAGCGUGUGGGGAUCUGGGACAGAUGCUAAUGUCUUCUUGAGUAUCUAUGGUAUAGAAAGAGGAGACACGGGUGAGCGCCAGCUGAAGAGGUCCAAUAACCUCAACAAGUUUGAAAAGGGCCAGGUGGAUGUGUUCACCAUCAAAGCCAUUGACCUGGGUGAGCUGAAGAAGCUGCGGAUCCGCCAUGAUAACUCUGGUAGUAGCCCAAGCUGGUUCCUGGAGAGAGUAGAGAUUGUUGACCUCAAGGAAAGCACCACGUAUUAUUUCCCGUGCCAGCGGUGGUUAGCAGUUGAGGAGGAUGAUGGCCAAAUUGUCAGGGAGCUGGUCCCAGUGGAUGAAGCAUUUGUAAAGAAAGAUUCGGAAAACGAUGGCCAGUCUCUUGCAACGCUGGGCCUGGAACAGAAAGCUAAAUCCACGACGUACAUUGUGAAAGUGAAAACUGGGGACAAGAAGAAUGCUGGAACAGAUGCCAACGUCUUCAUCACUCUCUAUGGAAGUAAAGAUGAUACAGGGAUAGUCAGCCUGAAGGCCUCAAAGCUUAACAAGAACAAAUUUGAGCGUGGGAAGAUAGAUGAGUUUACAGUCGAGUCUGUCGACAUUGGAGACCUGAAAAAAAUCAAGAUAGGCCAUGACAAUGCAGGUAAUUCGAAUGGCUGGUUUCUGGAAUGGGUGGAAAUCGAUGCCCCAUCCCUGGGACAGUGCCUCAAGUUCCCUUGUGGCCGUUGGCUGGAUAAAUCAGAGGAUGAUGGAGCCAUCGAGAGAUUCAUCUUCCCUGCAGAACUGCAGACAACAGAAUAUAUCCCAUUUGUUCCUUAUGAGAUUACAGUCUACACCAGCGAUAUCUUUGGAGCUGGCACAGAUGCAGAUGUCUUCAUUGUUCUUUAUGGAAGUGAUGGGAUCUGCACUCAGCAAAAAUCCCUGUGCCUCAACAAGAGAGAGCAACGGAUGUACUUUGAGAGGAACUCAGUGAAUCAGUUCAUUGUGGAGCUGGAGGAUGUUGGUGACAUUAUUGAAAAGAUUCGCAUAGGACACAAUGGUGGGGGGCUGAACUCCGGAUGGCACUUGGAUCGUGUGGCAAUUCGGAGACUGCUACCAAAUGGGAAGGGUUCAGAAACUAUCACGUUUCCGUGUGAAAGAUGGCUUGCAAAGUCUGAAGACGAUGGUGAGAUUAUCCGAGAACUGGUACCUUCUGAUAUUUUUACUGAAAAGCUCAUGAAGGAUGGGACGCUUAAGCAGAUAGAAGAAGAGGUUGAAGACCCAUUGGAAGUUCACACAUACAAAAUCAGCGUGUUCACUGGAGAUAUCUAUGGUGCUGGAACAGAUGCCAAUGUUUUCCUAAAUAUCUAUGGAGAUCUGGGGGAUACCGGAGAGCGGAAACUCAGCAAAUCUGAAACAAACUUCAACAAGUUUGAAAGAGGACAGGAGGACACGUUUACAAUACAGGCUGUAGACCUUGGCAUUUUGUACAAGAUCAAGAUUCGCCAUGACAAUAGCAUGUUCAGUCCUGACUGGUUCCUGGAAAAAGUGGAGAUCCUGGAUGAGACCACAGAGGAGUCGUUCGUGUUCCUGUGUGAACGCUGGCUCUCCAAAAAGAAAGAGGACAAAAAGAUAGAGCGUACACUUUAUGAGCAGAGUUACGAUGGUGAACGGAGAAGCCUGAGUGAGUCCUCUGUCAGCCUGUCGAGUCUGGAUAGCAGUGGAAACCCAAAGGAGAAAAAAUCCCGCUUGGUCAAGUCAGCAGAAGAAGGAUUAUUAAUCCCGUACCAUAUCACUGUCACGACGGGCACAGAGUACGACUCCAGCACCGACAGCCGAGUGUUCAUCAUCAUCAUGGGUCCUCAGAAAGUGCGGACUGAGAGGCUGUGGCUGGAUCUCCCCGAAGGAAAAGAUGAGUUUGCAGAUGGCUCCGUGGAGAAAUUCUCUGUUUGGGGACUGGAUGUUGGGGAGAUCAAAAAAGUGGAGGUGGGACACGACGGUGCCACCCCUGAGAGCUGCUGGCUGAUGGAAGAGCUCACCAUCGUCGUGCCCACCAAAGGUGUCAUGUACAACUUUGUCUGUAAAUGCUGGCUGGCCAGAGACAAAGGUGAUGGUCUCACCUCACGAAUCCUCAACAUCCUGGAUGCGGACUGUGUCAAUGUGGGCAUCAAGAUCCUCUACGAAGUCACAGUGGUGACUGGAGACAUCGAAAGCGGUGGUACCGAUGCUGGUAUUUUCAUGACUGUCUUUGGAUCCAAUGGCAACACUGAGGAGAUGCAGCUGGAUAAAAAUGGCGAUAGAUUUGAGCGAGGCCAGGAGGACAGCUUCAUCAUGGAAAUCGCCGAUAUCGCACCCCUGAGGAAGAUGAGGAUCAGGACAGAUGCGAAGGGGACGCGCCCAGACUGGUUCCUGGAGAGGAUAGUCAUGAGGAACCUGACUAAUCAGGAAGUGGCCACAUUUACGUAUGGUGAUUGGCUGUCAAAGGUGAAAAAUGCCAAGGGAAGUCUUGUGUGUGAGAUGCCAGCCAUGGUAAAUGAUGAGCAGAUGAUGGAGGACACAACUUACACUAUUCAAGUUAAAACCAGUGAUAUUGGAGGAGCUGGCACUGACGCCAAUGUGUCCUUGAUUCUGUUUGGGGAGAAUGGGGACAGCGGGACCCUUGCCCUGAAGGAGUCCAACAAGUCCAACAAGUUUGAGCGGAACCAGAUGGAUGAAUUCAACUUCCCCAACAUGCUGAGCCUGGGAGAUCUCUGCAAAGUGCGAAUAUGGCAUGACAACAAAGGAAUUGCCCCAGGUUGGCACUUGGAAUAUAUUGACGUGAUGGACUCUGCCACAGACAAGACCUUCCGCUUCCAGUGUGACCGCUGGCUGGCUAAAGGUGAAGACGAUGGGCAGCUCAUAAGGGAACUGGCUUGUGCCAAUAAUGACAUCCUGGAACUGAAGGAACGGACUGCCUAUGAAAUUGUCACAGUAACAAGCAACAGAGAGGAUGCAGAAACAAAGGAAAACAUCUGGAUUAUCUUGGAAGGAAAGCUGGGCCGCUCGAAAGAGUUCCUUAUGGAAAACUCCUCCAAGAAAAGGAGAUUUGAAAGGGGAUCAACAGAUACGUUUCAGUUUUCUUCUAAGAACCUUGGUGAUAUUGCAGCCAUCUGUGUUGGUCACUGUCCAAAGGAUGGAAAGAAGUCAUCUGCAAAAGCUGAUGUCUACUGGCAUGUCAAGGAGAUAAUCAUAACAGAGAUGGAGCUUUGCAACAAGUAUUUCUUUAGGUGCAAUGGGAAAAUCCCUCUGCGGUACAAGCGACGGGACUACAAAGUCUUUGAGUGUGCCAAGGUCAUCGAGAGCUUUGCCAGCAAAGCCCGCAGCUUGGUGCCAGUCAAAUACGAGACCAUCGUGGUCACCGGCUUUGAAAAGGGUGCAGGGACGGAUGCCAACGUGUUCAUCACCAUCUUCGGUUUGAAUGGGGAUUCGGGGAAGCGAGCCCUGAAGCAGAAGUUCAGGAACCUCUUCGAGCGGGGCAAAACCAACAGGUUCUACCUGGAAACAUUGGACAUGGGGGAGCUGAAAAAGGUCCGGAUUGAGCAUGACAACAGUGGGCUGGCCCCCGGCUGGCUGGUGGAGAGGGUGGAGAUCACCAACUCGGCCACUGGUGUGACCACCAUAUUUCCCUGUGGGAAGUGGCUGGAUGAGAACCGGGGUGAUGGGUUAACCUGGAGGGAGCUCUUCCCCAGAUAUUGAGAGGUUUUCAGUGGCAAGAUGUGCUUCCUGGGUUUAACAUUUUGUAAAAGUUGUCCUGUUUUUCUUUAUCUUUUUUUUUUUUUUUUUUUUUUAAGUCAUAUAUAAAAUUGUG